AUGGAUAAUUUCUGUUGCUUCAGCUCUGUUAGUCAGGCAGUGGGAGGGCGUUCUUCAUGCAACUCUGGCAAAGGUAAAAGCAGUCAGUCGCCGGUCAAAUAUGGAUUUAGCCUUGUUAAAGGGAAAGCCAACCAUCCAAUGGAGGACUAUCACGUAGCGAAAUUUGUCCAUUUCAAAGGACAAGAGCUAGGACUUUUUGCUAUAUACGAUGGACACCUCGGAGACAGUGUACCGUCAUAUCUCCAAAAGUAUCUCUUUUCUAAUAUCUUGAAGGAAGACGAUUUCUGGAACGAUCCAUUCAUGUCCAUUUCUAAAGCUUACGAGUCAACAGAUCAGGCAAUUCUUUCUCACAGUCCUGAUUUGGGGCGAGGAGGAUCAACUGCCGUGACUGCAAUUCUCAUAAAUAAUCAGAAACUCUGGGUCGCCAAUGUUGGUGAUUCACGAGCAGUUCUGUCGAGGGAAGGGGUAGCUGUACAGAUGACUACUGAUCAUGAACCUAAUACGGAACGUGGCAGCAUUGAGAAUAGAGGUGGCUUUGUCUCAAACAUGCCAGGAGAUGUUGCAAGAGUGAACGGGCAGCUUGCGGUUUCUCGAGCAUUUGGAGACAAAAACCUCAAAACACACUUGCGAUCUGACCCUGACAUUCAGUAUGCUGAUGUUAACCAAGAUACCGAGCUUUUGAUUCUCGCUAGUGAUGGUCUAUGGAAGGUAAUGGCAAAUCAAGAAGCCGUCGAUAUCGCAAAAAGAAUAAAGGAUCCACAAAAGGCUGCUAAACAACUAGCUACUGAGGCGUUGAACCGAGACAGUAAAGAUGAUAUUUCCUGCGUUGUAGUUCGUUUCAAGGGAUGA